AUGAGUCAGCAGAAUCAAACAACGGAUUCGGACUCUGCUUGCAGUAACAAGCAACCUUCGACGGAAAUUGACGUGUCGAUCAUUAUCCCUAUUCACAACGAAAAGGAAUUUUUAGAUGAAUGCUUUGAAGGGAUCGAUAAGCAGACUUACACAGGAACAAUAGAAUUGUCGAUAUACAAUGACCGGUCAACAGAUGGGUCCGAACAAAUAGUGCAAAAAUGGAUUGAGCACUUCAAACAAAAGGGAAUUCCUUCUGUAUAUUCAGAGAAUACUGGGACGACGGGAGGUUGUGGAUUUGCCAAAAACUGCUGUGUGAAACAAAGCCACGGCAAAUAUCUAUGUUUCCAGGAUGCAGAUGAUGUCAUGUAUCCGGAGCGUAUAGCAAAGCAGGUUGAAGUUUUGAAAAAUCAUCCCAACGCGAUCGUAGGCACCCAUUUUGAGAGAAAGCCAGAUAAUAGUAUGCGCCACUACAGUGAGUGGAUGAACAAACUCACAGACGCGGAUCUUGAAUUGUACCAGUACCGCGAAGUGCUGAUCAUCCAACCCACGUGGAUGAUGACUCGCGAAACGUUCGACAAAGUGGGAGGGUAUUCGCAGCCAGAAUCCGAAAACGGUCCAUACCCUGAAGAUCUUGACUUUUAUCACCGUCAUUUAGACCUCCAUGGUGAACUGCGAGUCGUUCCUGAAGUGCUUCUGAUGUACAGAAUGCACGAUCACAACACUUGCGCGAAGAUUCCACGACGCAAAAUUCUGCGAGUGAAAUUGCGAGCUUUGGAACGACGAGUGUUGAAUUCGUUGGAUCAUUUUAGCGUUUGGGGAGCGGGGCGCGAUGGCCGCAAUUUCGUAAAUGACUUAAGCGAGAAAAACCGAAAGAAAGUGGUUUGUUUCGGAGAUGUGGAUGUGAAAAAGGUAGGGAAUUUAGAAAGAAUUAGAGCUAAUCCACUGACCGAUGUGGAUCUCCCCAUCGUGCAUUAUUCGGAACUGCAGCCCCCCGUGAUUUGCUGCGUGGCAUUGGGGAGAACCAAUGGCGUGUUUGAAUCCAACGUGCAAUCGAUGGGGUGGAAGGCAGGCAAAGAUUUUUGGUAUUUCAACUCGCGUGUUUGUGACAAACAGAAUAAAACCAGGCACAAAAAGAAGGAUUCAUUUGAACCAGGAAACGCGGAUCCUUACUCACAGACACCGCGUCAAUGA